AUGGCCAAAAGCAAAAAUCCUAGAAAACUCACAAAGAAACAUCAAUUUAAUGAGAAUAUGUUUUCUCAGAAUCAUGAAAAACAACAUUCAUGGGUAGUUGUAAGAAAUCUCUUCACCUGCAAAUAUGUGCAAGUACAACAACAGCAGCACAAGGAACAACAGAAUCAGGAGCAUCAAGAUGGCCAUAAAGAGAAAAGACAAGAACAAAAGCAAAAGCUAAAGCAAAAGCCACAAGAACAGCCACUGCCGCCACCGACGCCACCGGAGGAAAGCCACCAGAAAUGCAAGAAAAUAAAACAACCAAAAGAACAGCAGCCGCCCACACCCAACCAAAUAAAGCGAAAUCAAGAGCCACCAAUGGCGGAGGAAAGCAAUCAGAAAUGCAAGAAAAUGAAAGAACCAAUACAAGAGCCGCCGCCGCCGCCGCCGGAGGAAAGCAACCAGAAAAGCAAGAAAUUCAAACAAGCAAAGAGCGAACAAGCCCUGGAGGAAAUGAACAAAAAAAGCAAAAAAAUGAAGUGUUCAGGUUCACUUUGCAGCAACACAAAAAUAAUGCAAAGACCUGAACUUUCGUCACCCACAGAAACCCAGAAAAAAAGAUCAUUAAUGGCAUCUUCUUCUUCUGAGAUUGAUGGUUCAAAUAGAUCCACUAGAACUACAUUAAGUGAACUGAAUGGGACUGGGUUUUCAUCUUCAUCUUCUUCACUUUCAGUUUCAUGUGCUUCACCUUCAAUUUCUGGAUCCUUCAGAGGAAUGCCUUUUAGGAAACUUUCCGGUUGUUAUGAAUGUAGAAUGGUAGUGGAUCCUAUUCUUGCAAUGACUAGAGAUCCCUCUUUAAGAGCCACGAUUUCUUCAUGCCCUGAGUGUGGUGAAAUCUUCACAAAAGCUGAAAAUUUGGAGCUUCAUCAAGCUGUAAGGCAUGCAGUUUCUGAAUUGGGACCAGAGGACACAAGCAAGAACAUAGUGGAGAUCAUAUUUCAGUCAAGCUGGCUAAAGAAACAGACCCCAGUGUGCAAGAUAGAUAGAAUUCUCAAGGUCCAAAACACUCCCAAGACAAUAUCAAGGUUCGAGGAAUACAGAGACAGCAUCAAGGCUAAAGCCACCAGGCUCAACAAAAAGCACCCCAGGUGCAUAGCCGAUGGCAAUGAACUCCUUAGGUUCCAUUGCACCACUUUCAUGUGCUCACUGGGCCUAAAUGGCUCAUCGAAUUUGUGCAACUCGAUUCCGAGUUGUAAUGUAUGUAGCAUUAUCAAGAAUGGGUUCAAGGUCAACGCUGAAGCCGUGACUGGAUUUUUACAAAAAGGUAUAUUGACAACUGCUACUAGUGGAAAAGCGCACGACCGUGCACGAGUGGGAUCGGACAACGGAAGGAGGGCAAUGCUGGUUUGCAGGGUAAUUGCAGGGCGAGUGAAGAAGAAUAUGGAGGGGAGCAUGGAAGAAUAUGACUCUUUAGCUGGAGUUGCUGGUACUUACCCAAAUUUGGAUGAGUUGUAUGUUUUUAAUCCUAAGGCUAUAUUGCCGUGUUUUGUUGUAAUCUAUUCAGGGUUUUAG